UAAGCUUAUGCGUUAUUAUUAAUCAUACUCAUAUUGCAGUUCUGCUGUGGUUACUGGUAUCUGUAUGCAUCAAGACUGCGAGGCCUCAGAUGGCCGGAAAUGCCAUAGAGCUGGUGGAGAAACACCUUACCAAUGAUGGCUGGCCAGAGUACUAUGAUGGGAAGACAGGUCGCUAUAUUGGGAAGCAAGCAAGAAUAUUACAGUUUGAGGAUGAUGUCUCGAUUGCGAUAGCCAAGAUGGAAGGUCUCUGGUGAUGCUUGCCACUACCUGCAAAUGGUUAUACAAGUGGAAAUAUGCCAGCUUACGCGAUCUAGCAGUUCCUGAUCCAGGAGACGUCUCUUUUAGCUGGAAGCAACUGUAUUCAUCAGCUUUUGACACAAUGAAGACACUAGAUGGAAGGCAUUUUGACCAACAUGUAGAUGGAGCUUCUGGUGCCAUAUUAGAAGCUAAUGGUGGAGUAAAUGGAGGGUAUGAUGGGGGUGAUGAUUAUCUUGAUGCUGGUCUUGAGAAUGUUGGUGUUGGUUUUGAUUUUGGUGGGGAGGAGGGGGGUGAUCCAAUGGAAUUGCAAUGGGGUCAAGAGGAGGGUGAAGUGGAGGGUGAAGCAAAUCAAGUGAUGGAGGUGGGUGAAGUGGAUGAGGAACAUCUUGAUGAUGAGAUUGAUGUGUAUGAACAAGUAGGACUGGAGGAUCCAAAUAUAGCAUUAAGGUACAUUACUUCUAUAAGGCUUAACGAAUGUCUUGGGCUUGCAAGUUUAGCAGAAUUUAAAGAACUCGUAACAGUGCAAGUCAAUCAAACCGGUUUAGUUCCACAUCCGUUUACUAUAUCCUUGGCCAAAAGUAUUGAGCUCUUGAACCGCUAUGACUUUGUUUUUUUUUGGUGUUCUACCCGGUUCACCCUUUGAGCUAAUCCGGAUUCGGGAUCAGUUUUGGGUGGUUAGGUUCCAGUCCCCUCCCAAUUGUGACUUUGUGACUAAUCUAGGAGAGAAUAUCACCGCUUGUUUCAUUCCCACUACCUAUCAGCAGAUUAUUGAAGAUCUUGAUUUUUUAGUCCUACGUCCUCUAUAACAACAAAUGUAAUAUCGUAGCAUUACUAAGGAAUCAUUACACACUUUAGUUAUAUUACUUGAUUACUUAAUAAAUUUGAGCCUUUGAUUUCUGUCAAAAAAUUACACACUUUAGUUAUAUUUACAAUAAAGAGCUAAGAGAAUGUUCAGCACAUA